AGGUUGGACAGCCCGGUCCCCCCCAGUGGCAGCCCAAUAGACUGAUGAGUUAUUGUCAUGUAAAAAGCGCCGGCAAUAAGACCAACCGCUUUGCUAUUGUCCAAGUGGAAAGAGCCAAGUUUAUGAUGAGGACUCUAUGCUCUGGAGACCUCAGGCGAGGCAGCUCAUAGGAGGCUUUUUCAUAAAAGUGGGCUCUGCAGCAAGUAAGGAGGCCAGUGUUGAAUCAGGCACACAGCAGAGCACAUCUCCUCCCAGAGCCUUCAGCCUCAGCUCCUCCAAUAUCUGCAGCCACCUCCAGGGUGACACUUCUAGAGCCUCUUCAAUGUAUAAAAUGGAAUAUUCUUACCUCAAUUCCUCCGCCUAUGAGUCCUGCAUGGCUGGCAUGGACACUUCUAGUCUGGCCUCAGCCUAUGCUGAUUUCAGCUCAUGCAGCCAAGCCAGCGGCUUCCAGUAUAAUCCUAUCAGGACCACUUUUGGGGCCACUUCUGGCUGCCCAUCCCUCGCCCCCGGAUCCUGCAGCCUCGGCACUCUCAGAGACCAUCAGAGCAGCCCCUAUGCAGCAGUUCCUUACAAGCUAUUCACUGAUCACGGUGGGCUGAAUGAGAAGAGGAAACAGAGAAGGAUACGCACAACCUUCACCAGCGCACAACUCAAGGAACUGGAGAGGGUAUUCGCAGAGACCCAUUACCCUGAUAUCUACACCCGUGAAGAACUGGCACUCAAGAUAGACCUGACCGAAGCCAGAGUGCAGGUCUGGUUCCAGAACCGCAGGGCCAAAUUCAGGAAGAUGGAAAGAGCAGCAGCGGCGGCAGCGGCAGCAGCUAAGAACGGUUCCUCGGGCAAGAAAUCCGACUCCUCGCGGGACGAAGAGAACAAGGACUCCAAGAGCACUGAUCCUGACAGCACUGGGGGGCCUGGAAACAACCCAAACCCCACUUCCAGCUGUGGUGGAGGGCCAAGUCCUAGCGGGGCACAGGGAAAUGGGGUCCCACAGGAGCCAGGCAAGGUCGGGGUGCAGGGGCCUGGAAGCUUGGCAUCAGCAUCAGUUGUGGGACCUACAGGUGGAUCACAAGGCUGGGCAACUGGACCAGGAGGCACCAUCACCUCCAUCCCUGACUCCUUAGGUGGUCCCUUCGCCAGUGUCUUAUCUUCUCUGCAGAGACCCAACAGCGUCAAAGCCACUCUAGUCAAGAGCAUGUUCUGAACUCUACUCCAGCCUUAUCCUUCUACAUAACACUACUAUUCCUCUUAGGUACCUGGGCCUUGCUCUUGUGCUUCAUGAGAAACAGAACUCUGAGAGUAACAUUGAUAAGGGCCAGGGCUGCCUGCAACCUUUCUGGUGAGAUGGACCCUCAACAUCAAUUCUCCUCUUCAAAGCAGUGAAACUAAGGGCCACAUAAAGGAAGCUGGUGGCUUUUGAGAGCCACAUUUCUGUGGACUCCAUAACUCAAAAAAAAAAAAACAUGUUUCCAGGGAAGAAGACCUUGUCUAAGAAGGUACCCAGGUUUUUUUUAUUAAGAACAAAUGGUUCUUCUACAGAAAGUGGUUCAGUGAGGAUGGGCGGAGCAUGGGAAACCAGCAGAUACAUUGUAUCUAGAUAGAGCACUAGCUCUCUGGCUUAGAAAAGUCAAUGUCUUGUCCCUCCAGCUGUUCUUAAUAUACAGCUUCCAACAUGGACCCCAACAGGCUUCAUCAGUAGAGGGGUGCUGGAAUUGUAUAACUGAUCAAUUUAGGGACACAAUUUUGGCAAACAGAUGCAUUCCACAACUACAAAUCCCAUCUUUCUACUAUAAAUCAAAUAAUGCCCCCAAAUAUGUAUUUUCUCCAAUAAAUAUUUAGGGAAAUGUAACAAAAUCUACAGCUGAAAAUUGCACUGCAUUAAGGGGGGGUCUGUCUUUUUAUCCUACUAAAUCUGUACAUCGAUUAUGGUUGUAAUUAUUUAUUAUGUUGAUUCAAGCAAAUUAAACAUUUUUU